AAUUCAGGAACACUCCAGUGUAGAUGUGGCCUUAUGUUUUAGGUCAUUGUCCUGCUGAAAUGUGAAUUAAUCUCCCAGUGUCUGGUGGAAAGCACACAUAACCAGGUUUUCUUCAAGGAUUUUGCCUGUGCCCAUUCCAACGAUUACAAGCAAACCCAUAACAUGAUGCAGCCACCACUAUGCUCGAAAAUAUGGAGAGUGGUCCUCUCCAUAUGUGUUAUGUUGAAUUUCCCCCAAACAUAACACCUUGUAUUCAGGACAAAAAGUACAUUGUUUUGCAAAAUUCUUUGCUGCAUUACUUUAGUGCCUUGUUGCAAACAGGAUGCAUAUUUUUGAAUAUUUUUGUUCUGUACAGGCUUCCUUUUUUCACUCUGUCAAUUAAGUUAGUAUUGUGGAGUAACUACAAUGUUGAUCCAUCCUCAGUUUCCUCCUACCACAGCUAUUAAACUCUAACUGUUUUAAAGUCAUCAUUGGCCCCAUGGCGAAAUCCCUGAGUGGUUUCCUUCCACUCCAGCAACUGAGUUAGGAAGAACGCCUGUAUCUUUGUAGUCACUGGGUGUAUUGAUACACAAUUCAAAGUGUAAUGAAUAACUUCACCAUGCUCAAAUGGAUAUUCAAUAUCUGCUUUUUAACAUUUUUACCCAUCUACCAAUAGGUGCCCUUCUUUGCGAGGCAUUGGAAAACCUCCAUGGUUUUCUGGUUGAAUCUGUGUUUGAAAUUGACUGCUCGACUGAGGGACCUUACAGAUAAUUGUAUGUGUGGGGUACAGAGAUGAGUUAGUCAUAAAAAACAUUUUUAAAAAACAUGCAACUUGUUAACAUAUGUUUACUCCUGAACUUAUUUAGGCUUGCCAUAACAAUACUUAUUGACUCAAGACAUUUCAGCUUGUUAUUAACUUGUAAACAUAAAAAACCAACAUAAUUCCACUUAAUUCCAGUGACAAAAAAAACAACUACAUUUAAUCCAUUCUAAAUUCAGUCUAACAACAAAAUGUGGAAAAAGUCAAUGGGUGUGAAUACCUUCUGGCACUGUAGGCUAUGGGGAGAUGACACAUGCACACAUUAUUUUUCUUAUUAACUAUGAAAGGUUCAAGCAGACUGUGAGCCGUACAUCAUUCUUAUUAGAGAGGAGGAGAGGUGCCUUCAUGAGUUGCGACUGCAUAAUGUGUCCAAAACUCCCCAACCAGACUGCAAGGGUAUGUGGGACCACUUGAAUUGCUGGUCUCCUGCUUUUGUAGGGGAAACUGCAUCACACAACUGUCCCGAUUUCUUCAAAUCAGAAGGUUUGCCAAUGAUUGUCAUUGUAUCCUGGGGCUUGGCAAAAUACUUCUAUGAGGAUGAAGGCUGCUGCGAGACAAGGGUACAUGACUGGGUUUGGUGGAUUCUCCGAUUACCAGUCCUACUCUUCAUAAUUAUUAAUUUGGUAUUUUUUCUGAGCAUCUUAAGAAUUCUGGUGGGAAAACUACAGAUGCCAGACAUGCAUGGAAAUGAAUUCAGCCAAUACAAGAGACUUACCAAAUCGACUUUUCUUUCGGUGACCCUCUUUGGUGUGUACUACAUCCUCUUUGCCUUCUUACCCAUAAAAGUCAGUGGUUUAACAUACAAAAUAUGGACCUUUGUUGAGCUGGCUCUUGCAUCAACACAGGGCUUUGGAGUUGCUGUUCUAUACUGUUUUCUAAAUGGGGAGGUAGGUUUUUUGCCCAUUUCUCAAAACUAUUAUGCCAUUUGAAAUAAGUGGUAUAAAUGGUCAAUUGCUAAUAUUAGGCAGCAGCCCUGA